AUGGGUAGCGACACCAUGAAAGACCUGAUCGCAGGUGCGGCGGGAGGUGUAGCGCAGGUCAUGAUCGACAUCGUCAAAGUCCGACUUCAAGCGUAUGGAGGCCAGGCUUCCACGGUAGCACGCAAUGUCUUACGGAAAGAAGGGCCACUGGCGUUCUAUAAGGUGAUGAGAACAUCGAUGAUCUCAAACAAGCAACGGCUGGCGCUGACAGGGCACAAGGGAACGUUAACUCCGCUAGUUGGUGUCGGUGCUUGUGUGAGCAUCCAGUUCGGUGGGUUCCAUUACUUCAGAAGUCUACUAGAAUGCUCCCGAGGGACAACAUCGCUAUCGCUAUUCGACUACUACUGCCUUGGCGGCGCAGCCGGUCUCGCCAACAGCGUUAUAUCCGGCCCCAUCGAGCAUAUCAGAAUCCGCCUUCAGACCCAGCCCCAUGGUGACAAGAGACUCUACAGCGGGCCUGUAGACUGCCUGAGAAAGAUUACUGGUCAAGCAGGACUCGCUGGGGUAUGGCGCGGGCAGGCAGUCACUCUGCUCCGAGAGUUCCACGGCUAUGGUGUUUGGUUUGCUGCCUAUGAAGGCCUCGUACACCAGCUAAUCAAUUACGAGAAGAAGCCACGAACAGAGAUUCCGAGCUGGAAGUUUGCAGUGUGCGGCGGGCUUGCUGGGGAGUUGCUAUGGCUGCUGAGCCACCCUCUCGACGUUAUCAAGAGCAAAAUGCAAAGCGAUGGAUUCGGCAAGGAUCAAAGGUACAGAACCAUGGGGGAAGCCUUCAGGAUCACAUUUCGCUCUGGGGGUAUGCCUGCUCUCUGGGAAGGGCUAGGAACGGCUUUAUUGAGAGCGCUCCCUGUAUCUGCAGGCACAUUUGCAGCGUAA